UUUUUAAAACCACCGUUAUUUUUUUUCUAGCCAUUCUUUUAGGGGGCUCUAGUUGUGCCACAUCAGAGAAACCCUCUAUACCUAAACAACUCAUCAUCCCUAAAAAUUUGGCCAACCCUAACCUUCGCCUACAACCUUGCCUCCACAAUCACUGCUACAAACGCCACCCCCUCCCAUCACUCGAAUGCUACUGCCACCCUUAUAUGAACCAAAAAUGCCAUAGCAAGCUAUCCUAGCAUCAUUGCAAUGACUACGAUAUUGAGGCGGUUCUGCAUCAGAAAGCAACCCAUCGCCAUCCAAUCUCAAUGGCUCAUGGGACUCCCUCCCAUCAGCAUCCACUCCCCUAGCAUCAACUUGCAGAACAACAAGGCUGAUGGCUGUAGCCAAGAAUUCGUCACCGGCUCUCUCAUCUCACCAAGAGCCCCCAUCUACUUCAAGGUCUCCAUUGAGGGAUGAGAAUAUUUGCCCUAACCAAGAUAACAACCUGAGAAACCAAAAAACACUACAAGGAAAUAAAACGUUGUAAAAGGAAUUAAAGCCACCAACAAUGGCCAAGCAAAACUUGAGAAAACUUGAAGGUGAUCAUUAAAGAACCCCUUUAUGUGCUCUUGAUUCUUGUUUGCAAAAUUCGUGAGGUCCCUUGACCCAUGUCAGUUUUUUCUAUUCGCUUUUGCAUAUACCUUUUCUUUUGUAGGAUUUUCAAUGAAAUAAAAUUUCAAGAAUGUC